CAGAACGCUGAGUUUCCUCCAAGCAGUGGUCCACUCCCUGUGUUUACUUCCCUUCCGUUGGACAAAGAGACUAUUGAAAAAUGGCACCUAAGAAGGACGUUAAGAAGCCCGAUCCCCCCAAGAAGGCAGAGCCCGCACCUGCUCCCGCGAAGGAGCCCGAGGCCCCACCUAAACCCGCCGCAGUAGAUCUGUCUGCCGUGAAGGUUGAUUUCAGCCCGGACCAGAUGGAAGAUUACAGGGAGGCCUUCGGACUUUUCGACAGAGUUGGUGACAGCAAGGUGGCCUUCAACCAGAUUGCAGAUAUCAUGCGUGCACUGGGACAGAACCCAACCAACAAAGAGGUGGCAAAGAUCCUGGGCAAUCCCAGCGCUGAUGACAUGGCAAACAAGAGAGUUGACUUCGAGGGCUUCCUGCCUAUGCUGCAGUUUGUGAUCAACAGCCCAAACAAGGCAUCAUUCGAGGACUACGUUGAGGGUCUGCGUGUAUUCGAUAAGGAGGGCAACGGAACAGUAAUGGGUGCUGAGCUGCGUAUUGUCUUGUCAACACUUGGUGAGAAAAUGAAUGAAGCCGAGAUUGACGCUCUCAUGACAGGCCAGGAAGAUGAAAACGGCUGUGUGAACUUUGAGGCUUUCAUCAAACACAUCAUGUCUGUGUAAGAAGAGUUUUUGAGGAAACUGAAAACUUUCUCCAGACUCCAUGAUGUCAGGACAUCCACGCAACGUUUCCAACAUCAACUCAGAAACGAAUAAAAGGAAAUAUGGGAUGUCAGUCAUAAACAUUUUAUUCGUUUUUUUGUUAUUCCUAUUUUUUCCACUUGACUCCAAUUUCUUUUGUUCAUUCUUGGAAGCCAUUCAGAUAUUUCCAGCAAAUGUUUUUGUUUGUGCCAGGACAAGCCUCUCCGUAUCGGAAUGUUAUGAGGGGUUUGGGGGAAGGUAGGGGCAUCAUAUAUACACAUAAAAAACAGACAUCACCCCCCUUGACCCCUCAUUGCCUGGAUUGCAGUCAAAGGUGCUAAAUCUACUGCCAUAAGUGGACUGGCUACAUAACUUCCUUACCCCUUUCCCUAAUCUUAAUUUAUAUUUCGCCUCUGUCAAUUCUCAUAAUAAACUUUUCACAAAGUACCAAA